CUUAUGCGGCUCCAUUUCACCACCAGAUCGGACCACAAAUAUCGCUUUACUUAUAUCUUCCCUUUCCCUCACCGGUUUUGACAUUGGACGCCAGCCCGUCGCCAUGGAGCUUAUUAGCCAGGGGUCUGAGUAUACUAUCGAGGAUUGCCAAAUGGCCCUCAAAACCGCGUUCUUCGAGCGUGAGUACAAUAAAACUCUAGCGAAGACUGCUCAGCUUCUGGAUGUGGAACGGCGCCGGAUCACGCAAGUGGAAUAUCUGCUUCUGCAAGUUGAGAACGAAAACCUGCAAUCGCAAAUGGACCAAAUCAAACAGGAGUUGGUCCGCGCUAAAGCCGCCGAGCUGGAUGUCCGUACUUGGUUGCAGGAGACAAUACAAGAGCGCGACCUCCUGCAACGCUCAGCUCACACUACAGCUCAUGAAAUCAAGGCCCUUCGACGCGAACUCGAAUCGAUGGGUAACGCAACGGUCGAAUCCAGGAGCCUUAUCGCCGACAAGCUGCGUCUAUCCAAAGAGGUGACUAGUCUGCAGUCCGAAAUUGAGAGACUACGAUUGCAAGACCCGGAGAUCUUGGUCGCAGAGAAACAAACGCUUGACCGGCAUAUAAACACGCUCGAAGUCGAAUUGGAGAAUGAAAAGCGGGCACACGAAUCUACAUUAGCACGAGAAGCCCAGCAGGUAGAACAGAUAUCAGUUCUAUCUUCCAAGCUUGAGGAGCAACGCAAGCACAUCGCAGCCGAGGCGCAAAAGUCCGUCCACCAAGGAAACAGCCUGCGGCAGUCGGAGAAAGCUGCUCUAGAGGAAGAGAUCGAGGUCUUAAAUAGGAAGUUGCAGACGGCGAGGGAUCAACUACGUCAGGCUCAAAUCAGCAUGCAAUCCAAUAGUGGACCUGCUGAACAAACGAGAAAAGUGCCUCUGAAGGAUUUCUCGGGCCGAUUUCACCCCGAGUUAGAUAUCGCGACGCCAGGAGCCGUCCGUGUCAAAGAUGGGAAAAAGCAACCGACGGCGCUCCCUGGCGAUAAAUCGGCCUUUUCUAUCACGCCAUUUCUGAAUCGCACCAGCGGACAGGGUGAUAAUGACGACGUCACCCAUCUCAGUGGUGAUGAUUCCGCCCUUGAGACUUCUUACCUGGAGGACAGAUUACACAAGGUGCCUCAAGCCGAGCCCCAAGAGCACCACCGCCCGACUCAAGCAAAGCCACGCUUGGAGAAACCCAAGUUGGCAGGAGCGUCCAGAAAAGCCAGCAAUAUGAAGCCAGCAGCGGAUGAUUCUGAUAACGAUGAUAUCGGGUCAAUUGGCGCUCUCGUUUCCGGCCACCCGCAGGCCCGGACGAAGAGGCGCAAGCUCGGGGCCCAGAGUAAGAUGAUCGUAGAUGAGGAGGAGGAAGAGCUGGAGCCGGAGGAUGUCCGCAAACCAGGACGUAAAGUCGGGUUGAGUACGGGCCGCAACACGCAGGCCGCCCCAAGUGGGCAAACCCGUGGGUUUGGUGGAUUUGGGGGAUUCUCCCCCUUGAAGCGGGAUAGGAAACGAUGAGUACCGAGUAGAUGUCCACUCCGUGCUGAGUAGCCCGAAACUGUGCUUGUACUUGUUUGUUUCAAUGCCCGCGGCCCGUGGCAUCACGUGACCGAGCGCGCAGGAUCCUCGCCCCCGUGAUUUGCCCGUC